CAAGAAAAUAAUAAUUAAAUCAGACCAUUCGUUGAAAGUAAUGGGGACAUUAUCGUUGAGCGAUAAUAUGCAGAUAAUACACGAAGUGGUGCCACAAUUUCUGGACCGAGUCUAAAAGCCAUUGCCGGGCAAAGUGCAAAAGCCGUUAAGAUGAAAUGUUUGUCAUUGAAAGAUAUGACGAAAAAAUCGAUAAAGCGAACCAGUCGGUAAACAGCUGUCGCAGCGGAAAGAAGCAAAAUUCUGUAGUUCCAAAAUUUUAACUGAAAAUUCUAUGUUUUGGCUAAAUACGUAAGAUAAUUUUGAACGUGGUACCACCAUUAUUGGAUCAAGUGUUAAAGUUUCCGACGGGCAAAGUUCAGAAGGCCGGUCGUGAUGGGAACUUUGUCGUUGAGCGAUUUUGAGGAGGUAAGAAUCCCGGCACCUUGGGGUCACAUCUCAGGUCGUUGGUAUGGUAACCGCAAUGAGCGACCGAUUCUGGCGAUUCACGGAUGGCUGGACAAUCUGGGCACCUUCGAUCGCCUGAUUCCCCUGCUGCCGGAUUACAUCGGAGUUCUCUGCAUCGAUCUCCCCGGGCAUGGAAGGUCAUCUCACCUGCAGCCGGGAAUGCACUACAGUAUUUACGAUUACGUCUUCAUAAUUCCCCGCGUGAUGAAGGAGUACGGCUGGACUAAGGUUUCCCUGAUGGGUCAUUCCUUGGGGGGCAUAAUGAGCUUCAUGUACGCAUCACUGGCCCCACACACGGUGGACAUGGUGAUCUCCUUGGACAUUUUGCUGCCCAAGCCAUUGGUAGAUCCCGGAGCAGCACUUUUUGAAGCGGCCAGAGACAUGGAAAAACACUUGGUGGAAGAGGAUCGCCAAGAACAGAGUAAUCUGCACGAGCCCCCGUCGUAUACGCUAUCUCAGUUGACCAAAGUCCUCGCCAAAGGGAGCUCCAAUUCUGUGACCACCGAGUUCGCCAAGCACCUCCUCCACCGCCAGGUGGCGAAGUCGCAAUUGUAUCCAGACAGAUUCUACUUUUCCAGGGACGGAAGAGUCAAGUACUACCACUCCAUCUUCAUAGAACCCGGACUUGCUGCCGAGAUGGCCAAGAGGAUCCGAAGAAAGCCUUACCUGAUCAUAAAAGGAUCGAGGUCUUACUACGUGGGAGAUUGUUGUGAGGAACCCUUCUCUAUUAUGCGUGAAAACAACCCGCACUUUGAGUUCUAUGAGGUUGAGGGUGGCACCCAUCAUGUCCAUCUUCACGCCGCAGAGGAGUGCGCCCGGUAUAUAGUGCCCUUCAUUCGGCAUCAUCGACCUCCGACUUUGACUUCUUGGUCUCUAGCUGGCAAGGAGCAGAAACUAAGCUUAAAUGAUAAACGUAAGGUUCAGGAGAGAUUCUUUGAACGGAGUAAAAAUAAACGCAGCAAACUGUAAGAUA